AUGUAUAUUUCACUCGAGGUCCAAACCAAAAGCACAAUUGCUGUGGGGAGGGCUGAGGUAUUUGAGUUUCAGAACCACUUAGAGGAGUACAUCAAAAUUGUCAAAGAGACCGAUCCUGACAUGAUCAAAAACUGGAACUUUUCUAAGAUUCAUUCCAGAAAGCAUAUAUUCGAUGACAUCAUGGCGAAAGUACUUGACCAAAUGAGAAGCAACACGGGUCAAUCAAAAAGUGGUAUCUAUGGCAGACCAAUCAUAAGAAUAUCGCUGAUCAGGAGUGUUGUCUCCGGAUUCAUUAGUAGCCAUAUUGAGUACCUUGAUGAGGAACGAUGCAAAGUCCUGCUCUCGUGGGAUGAACUCGAGGAUAUGGAUGAGGAUGAUGACGAGCUGUUUGAAGAACAUCUUCAUAUUGGUUCACCCCUCAAGAAUCAUACAAGCUUUGUGCAAGUGGAGGAAGAAAACAAGUCAUCACACGCCUUUCACCAGUACCGGAAGAAGCUCGCAACAUUUCUUAAUCACUUCCUUCCCUCCCACAACAUACCAUUGCCGGAGGGAACAACAUGGUUAAAAAUUACAGCACAUGACUAG